AUGGCAACUGCUGUGCUGAUAACUAUUGCAUUUCCUACGCCCUCAGCACCCUUACCUCUGACUCUUCUGAUGGUUGUGGAUUUGGAGAAGAAGGUCAGUCUAAUAAACCGCAUGGUUCAGUCAUCGUACUUUCUUAUUCUGGGGUAUAUCUUCAGCUCUUCUCCUGGAUCGUUCACUGUAUUCUCAAAGUAUGCAAAGAGAGAAGAGGAACACAGAAGCAAGCGGGAUGGGGAGGGCAGUCAAACCGAAGCAGUAGAAAGGCGAAUCUUUAGGUCAUCUCAGUACCGUGUUAUACGCUCCAAACACCUGCGAACACCUUCCAAUAUGUUGACAGUGAACUUAGCUAUAGCUGACAUGGCAUUCUCACUCCUCUUCCCUUCAAAGCUAAUUUCUAGCUUCUAUGGCUAUUGGAUUUGGGGUAAACUAGCCUGUGAGAUCUAUGGAUUCUGUUGUGGUCUAUUUGGGUUCGCUUCCCUCAACACCGCGGCGAUGAUUUCCAUUGAUCGAUAUCUAGUUAUUGUUCACUCACGUCAGCCAGCGGCAAGAACGAACCACCGACGCACCUCACUGAUGAUUGCAGUCGUAUGGUUGUGGUCCCUCUUUUGGAGCUCUCCUCCAUUCUACGGUUUCGGUCGCUAUAUUCCAGAUGGACUUUUGACAUCUUGCAGCUUUGACUACCUUACAGGCAACGUCAAAAACUACAUACAUGUGACAGGGAUGUACAUUUUUCAAUUUCUGAUUCCAGUCGGCAUAGUUUCGUUCUGCUAUAUUCAAGUCGUGCUGUUUGUCAAGGGGAAAGCACGUAGAAUGGCCAGCUUCAGGCGAACUACCAUUUCUGGCAAAUUCAACAUAAUACGGCCAUGUAAGUUUUCAACUGCCUUUUUUAAAAUGUACCCUCACAAUGUGAGUACAUAUUUUUGUGAAAGCUUCCUGGUAAAAAUUCAUACGCGCAUAAAAUCCCCUCAUUGCUGCUUGUAA